AUGAAGAUAAAGCAGCUGGAGGAUGAUGACACAUUUUCAGAUGUGUUUUGUGAAAACUCUAAGCAGCUUAUCAAUGUACAUUUGUUUGCCCUGGCUGCUAAGUAUUAUUCUUUGUCCACCCUUGGAGUGUGCACCCCAUUAGAAGACGUGCUUGAAGCACUAAGAGGAGACAAUCAAGGAACAGCAGGUAUCAAAACCGAUGAGUUUAUGAAUAGUAAGAAAUCACAUGAAGUGCAGGUGAUGUCCGAGCUGGUAGACAACAUAGCAAAAUACUGUGGUAUAAAACAGGUGAUUGAUAUAGGUUCUGGAAAAGGCUACUUGAGUUCAUUUUUAUCCAUGCAAUAUGAUCUAAAAGUUUAUGGAAUUGACUCCUCAAACACCAACACUGACGGUGCUCAUGAAAGGAACAGAAAAUUGAAGAAACACUGGAGAGCGUAUCAGAGUCGAGGAGGAGUAAGCCUCAAAUGCCAGAGGUUGGAAAAGGCAAAUGACAGGCCGGUGGAAAGUGAAAUCAAAUGUAAAGCAAUCAGUGAAAAGCCCUUGAAUCGUAGCAGCAGUCUUCAAAGUCAGGAUGAAGGGACUAUCCAAGAUUUAGUUCCUUCUUGUGGUUUCACAGAAGUAGCUACAUCUGAAACCAGCAAACAACUUGAAGUUGAUUUGGUCACUCAAACACAAUCUGAUGAAAGCAAACUUUCUGAAGAUGUUCUUGCUACUCUAAAUAUUCUGCCUGCUGACGCUGUAGAAGUUUUCUCUUCAUCUCAGUGUGACUGUGGGGAACUCUGUGAAGAGGAAAAGGCACAAAGAAAAAUGGCAUCUCUCAAGGCUAAAGCAAGCAAGUCGAGUGAAUCAAACCUGUAUUUUCCAUUGACCUCUUGCAUCACUGCAGCAACAGAACUCAGUGACAUCAUAACGGAUCUGGAGGACUGUAUGAUGGUUGGUCUACAUACAUGUGGCGAUCUUGCUGCAAAUACGCUACGGAUUUUUACUGCCAAGCCUGAAAUCAAAGCAGUUUGCAGUGUAGGCUGCUGCUACCAUCUGUUGUCAGAACAGUUUGAAAACCAAGAAG